UUGUUCAUUGAGACUAGCACACACAUUUAUAGUCAUGGCUGAGUGGAGACAGCGCCAGUGGUGACCCUUUUCACCAAAGACAAGCUGCAGGGUAUCUGAUAUAACCAUCGCCUCCUAAAAUCACAUCGUGUCGUCUUUCGUGACACAGAUUUUAUUAUGGAUGAUGUGAAAUCUGAGCGAUGGAAACAGGCACUUACUCCUCAUGGUGCCGCCAGUUCAAACAGCACAAGUUUCCUUCGCAGGUCCUCAUCGUGGAGAAGACCUGGCGAGCCGAGAUAUUACGAGGGCCCUGUGGUGCAGGUAAAUAGACCCCCUGACGGAGCUCGUCCACAGAGCUGUAUUGAAGGUGGCACGGCAGACAAAUGGCUUCAAACACUGGAGAGACUCCAGUCUCGUCCACUUCAGAGACAAAUACCUCAGUUUGUGGACAAGACUUUGUCAAUGCCAGCUCUGCCAAAUGAGAUGACAAAACUCUGUCCUCCCUCCUUUCAAAGGAGGCAGCAAACCUCUAGUGUCUCCCCCAGCCUAUAUGAGAGCUCAGUGGGCAGCCUGGAAUCCAUGGAGACCAACGGAGCGUCAUACGGGAGAAAUACAGUGCACAUUAAACCCAGUCCCAGUACGGAGAGAGCUGAAUUCUGCUCUCUCGCUCCGGUCCGCUUCGGGUGGCUGCCCAUAAAAAGGCACGUGAUACUGACAGACAUCUCUAACAGUGACUGUCACCAUGACAACAGCAGGUGCCAGAAACUGAAGUCUCCUAUAACUCCAGUGUUGCUCAGCACUCCUGCCAAACUCAAAGGAUCAAGAACAAAUGAGCCUGAAUCUGUAUGCUGUAGAGAUCAGAAGACACCUGUAAAGACGUCAUACAGCCGCCUUCAGGCCUCCGUCAACUUGGAGGGAUGUAGAAACAGAUCACAGACUUGGAAUUCAACAAACAGUAUGACCAGCAUAGUGGACAGGGGGCGGUCUCUGCCUGAACCCUACAGGCCAGCUUCAAAAGAUCCUACUUACAGACGCGCAAGCGUGCCCGAGGUUCCUCUCGGAAUGCCGACUGCCGGCGAGAGCAGCAGUGCUCGCAGAUACAGUUCCUCGAUAUCAUCCAUCACCAUUAUUUCAAGGAAGGUCACACGCUCGUCCAGUCUUCCAGACACAAGUUGUCCGAACCCUCCGAAAGCCCUCCUCACGCCACAAAGAAAAGUCCUGGUGGUUAAAGUCACCGAGGAGAAAAUGAAAAUGAAAACUACCCCCGUGGCAAGCGCUACAGAUCACGCGAUCGUUCUCAACUCCAACCCAGUCCAAGAUCACAAAGGGUACGAUCAUCCCGUGGUUAUGAGAAGAAAGGCAAGCGUUGUGAACAUGUCCGAACAGACUGAAGGCUUGCAUAAGACGAAAACGGCACAAUACAGACAUAGUUAUACUGAAGGAUUCAAUGCAACAGAUCCCAUUAAAUAUGACCGUAACUCUGGAGUUAGCUUGAUAGAUACAACCAACACUAAUCCCUCACAAGGUUUUACUCUGUCUGUACAGCCAGGAAAAAACCAGUGGAGAUCUAGUGCGCUUCAGCACAGAUCGAGCAUAUCUCUUUACUUUAGCCCCAAAGACAGUAAUACAGUAGACAAGACAGUAAAGUCACCUCCAAGGCCUCUUAGCUGUGAUGCUAAAGUGUUUAACCAAACCGAGCUUGGCACUAAUGCACUUACAGAGCCAGCAUUUCGCAACAAGAGCUCUCCUGUUCCCCAGAAGACAAAUAUUGACCUUGUUAGUUUUAGUAAAGAAGAAGAGAGAAGGAAAUCUGCCUACAGCAGCGAGGUGGUGAUUUCCAAAAAAGCGGAUUUUGAGAGGGAUGGAGCGCUUCGUGAGGAACCCAAUUCAGAAAUCAAACCUCUGACUCUACUGAAAGUAGCAGACCACUCGCCUCUUUCCACCGAUGUUCUUGCGCUGAAUGCCGCUGCGGUUAUCGCAAACAUCAAGCUGCAGACCCGACAGAGACCAAAUCUCAACAAACCUGCAGAGACGCAAAGUACAUCACACACUUUAGCAGCAGGGAAUGCAGACAUAACUGCCAAGUAUGCAUACAAUGAUGGAAGGAAUGAUGAUAGCGGGGAGCCUGGCGAUGAAGAUGGACUAAAUGAAAGAUUUUCCGGUCCGUUUGGAUCUGAAGAUUUCCCACCUGACCCGGCUUUGGCUCCGUUGUCACUGAGAGAGGCUUUAGCUGUCAGACGACCUGACUUCAUCCAGCGCUCUCAGGCUCGAGUUCAGGCCCUAGAGAUGAGGUCACAGGAGAGGCAGAAAGAUGCCCUGCAGAAAACUCUCAGCUCACCUCAGAGACCCAAGACCAUCCAGCAGCAAAAAGAUAAUCCUUUAAAAUCUAAAGACAAAUCAAAAAUCAGUGGAAAGGAAGCACGUAUGCGGCCCAGAAGGAAUUACGACCUCCUUCCUGAAGUGAGGAAGAGGAGAGAGGAACAAAAGAGGAUAAAAGAGGAAGAGAAAAGAAAACUGGCAUCUCGAACCAACCGGCUCCGGGCAGAGCUCUUUAAAAAGAAACUUUUGGACCAAGUUUUACAGCGAGGAAAUAACUGAGACUGCUUUUGGACUUUUCAUGCUGGACUUUAAAAAUGAUAACAUGCCAACUGUUAUAAAUGUUUUUGUUUUUCUCUUUCUUUGUAAAAUGAAUGUGCAAUGAACUUAAAAUGUCAUUCCUAUGGGGUUAGAUGACGUCUUUUCUCUUUACGUAUCUAACUUUAACAUCAAUAAUGAGCUUUUAAUUUGGUCACAUUAAUCAAACUGUGAGGGAGACGGGUUGGCUGUCGCACACUUCACCGCAGUAAAUAUUAUCAGGGAAGUUUUACUUUUUUAAAGGUUAGUUACUGUAUUGACACAUGUAGGGGUGGUUUCCCGGACAGGGAUUAUCUUAAACCAGGACAAGACCUUAGUUUAAUUAGAAAAUAUAACUAGUUUUAAAAAACAUGCUUUACUAAAAACAUUACUUGUGUGCAUUUUGAGGCAAAACAAAGGGCGCUGAUGUAUUUUAAGAUAUGUCAGUGCAAGUUGUUUUCAAUUUGAACAGCCCCUAUACAUUUAUUUUAGUCUAAUCCCUGUCCGAGAAACCGCCCCAUUGUAACUUUGAGUCUUACAAAAAGCUAUUAAACAUUUACAUCAUAUUAUCUAGGAAAAUAUAUGACACCAUCAUACCACUGAUUUGUGAAUAAUGUUUUUGUUUUAAAUAUCCAAGAAUAAAUUUAAAUCUGAAAUAUUUA